AUGUUUAACUUCCUUAUUUCUUCAUUGGUAUUUCCCUUGAUCACCUCCCUUAGGAAGGUUCAUCUUUGGAGCAAUAUAUUGAAAAGGAAUAUCAUUUAA